CAGGCACAAACAUGAGGAUGUUAACUCCUUUGCUUCUUGCUCUUACAGCUUUGCCUUACCUUUCACUGGCAACCGUUGUGCAAGACUUCAAUCAUGUGGAGAGAUGCAAGGACUCACUGUACAUGGGGACGCCGCCACGUGGGAUUGUCGACAUCACGCUAAAGAAGAUCUGCCAACGCUACGCAGACAAACCUCGAUUUGUGACGCUGUACGACCCUCACAAACGGAUCCCGGUUUACUCGGCUUAUACCUUCAAGAAAACAGAGGGAGACAGGCGUGUGGACUACCCGUGGAUGUACGAACCACAGCUGGCAGAAAUUGAUGGAAAUGGGAACAUGUUGCCGUUCCCCACUGGCUACCUCCACAUGAAGUUCGAGGACAGCCAGGCAGUGCUGGACGACUACUCCGACGUUGUCCUUUAUGAAAGAGGUCACUUGAACCCAGACCAGCACCAGUCCACUCCACAUGACCGCGCUUCCACCUACACACUGACUAACGUGGUCCCAGAGAUCAGGGAGUUCAACAUCGGACCAUGGCGUGAGUAUGAGGAGCGAAUCCGAGUGCGCCUCAACAACUUCUGCCGUGGCACUGCCUACAUCGUCACCGGAGUGACUACCAGGGGGAACAUGAUUCGUCGCAACAACCAGGACCGGGUGGCCAUCCCCGAAGACAUAUGGUCUGCGUACUGUUGCACCGAGUACGACCGCAACUCGCCCCACGACGUGCGCGUCCUCUUCCCGUCCCACGGGGCCCUGGCCAAGAAUGCCAAAGAGGGGAACAGUGUUCAUGAGAUGACGGUGCAGGAGCUGGAGAUGUUUCUGAAAAACCACAUGGAUGUCGACCAGAACCUUCAGAUCUUCUAUGACAACUGCGUCUCUCCCUCUCCUCUCCCUCUGUACCUGCAGCACACCAUCUGAGGGAUGACCAUUUACAAUGUGUCGAUCUGUUAGACAUGUGUGUGAUCGUGCCAGCUUCAAUGGUUUCUCCUAAUAAGAAAGGUCAAUAAUAUAUCCCAGUAAAAAAUAGUUAAUGUUUUGAUUGUAUCAAAAUUUCAAGGUGAAUUUGUUUUGCUGUACUUUCUUGAGAUCUACAUGAUUUCUCUGUUGUGUGGGAGGUGACGCAAACUAAUUUGAUAAAAAAUAUCACAAUUAACAAUAAUAAAUCCUUUUUGUGUUUGUGUUUCUCAAACCAAAAUAUUAGACCAGUUAGAACAUUAGACUUUCAAUAAAUCCAGGUGUGUUGUAUUUGCAGUGUCAAUAGAUUUGAAUUAGUGAGCUUGGGGGUAAAAUUUCAGCUUUCC